AUGCCCACCGUGGCUACCGUCGCAGCCAGGCAACAACUUCCUCACCCCAAUGCACACCUCCACGACCCAGUCGACCCGGUAGACUCGCGUACCCCCCUCGCAUCUCCCACCCACACCGCAGCAUCCACCCCCCAACAGUCGCCCCGCCGAUUCCAGUUCAGGCAGUCAUCCAUCCCCCCGCCGGGUGCACGUCCGCCCACUAUGAUCCGCAGGGCUUCCCGCUUUGACCCCAUGGACACCUCUGCCUCUCCCACUAAUGAAGAUGAACAGUCCCACGGCGACCUGGGCUCGAGACAUCCCCUCCGCAGAAUACGAGAGGACGUUGCCCCGCACGAGAAGCAGCAACAGCAACCACCGUCUCGGCAGGACUCGGGCGAAAGUGUUAGUCUCCCGGGCAUCAAGGCUCUCCUCAAUGUCGCGGACCAACCUCCGCUCCUGUCCUCGCCGUUCGGCAACUCUCUGUUCUCAUCUCCGACCGCUGCCUCUGCUUCAUCCGCCGUUUCGCCCCUCGACUCGCCACGUUCGCGCACGUCUCGCUUCUCGUCUUUCGCCUCGUCUGAGCCUGGAUGGUGGGCGCCCGACGACCGGGAUCGCUCUGGUUCAUUCUCAAGCGCAUCGCAGCCGCGCGGAUCAUUCAGUCGGGGUCCGCUCAAUGAGGAGCCCGACUUUAAGCGACGCCGGUCUGAUCUUCCGCCCGCGCUCGAGGAUGCUGAUGAGGUGGCGCGCUUGAAGUGGCAGGCGCAGAGCAGGAAUGCUUCGUUCCCCGUCUCGGGCUCCGGAUCUGUGUCGGGCGGUCCUGGGUUUGGUCACGGACUGCGCACCAUGCUCUAUCCUCCCAUCGCCUCUGGUUCUCGAGGAUCGAUCUCGGGCAACCUGCCUUCGCCUCUGUCGCCAUCCAUCGAGUCCCGUUUCGACAGCGACUACCACUCUUCGUCGAUGCGCAACUCGCCCAUGACUGGACCGCUGGCCCGCUCGUUUGCUGAGCUUUCUGCCAACGACAGCGGACCGUCCGACCGACGGCCGUCGACCUUGUCCCGGCGAUCAAACGACUCGAUUCCGCCCCUGCCUUCGAGCCGCCGAGAGUCCGUCGCUAGCCUAGUGGCUCCGGACGAUCACCCUGGUCGCUCUUUGACACGACCCCCUUCGCCCGAACCCUCCAGCAAGCAAGGCGCCCCGCGCAGGUCGUCUCUUGCGGAGCUAAUCAUGGCGCAGAGCGGUGACGACGUCGCCAUGCGCCGUUCCAAGGAGAAUCAGUAUCUCUCGACCCCGCCCGUUAAGAAUGGUGACGCCGGGUCUCCCAAACUGUUCCACCUCGCACCUCGACGUGAAUCCACCGAGUCUGCGCUCUCGAUUCAGUCGGUACCCGCCUUUUCGGAUCCGUUGUCUCCCAAGCGACUCGCUGCGCACAACAGUCGCCGAGGAUCAGCAGCAUCGACGCCCAAGCCAAUGGUCGACAUUCGACGGUCGUCUUUCGCCUCUACUGUCGGCGGAGCGGACGACGAUGAACUCGACGUCAAGGGAGACCCGGGAAUGCACGGCAUGGAGGUCCUCGCUGAAUCUGCACGACGCGUUGCGGACGCGGAGCGCAACAAGGCGGUCUCGAGCAACAAUGCCAGCAGCAACGGCGACAUGGAGUCGUCGCCGCCAAAGGCGAGCGGGUCAAGCACCGGACCCAAGUACACGUGCCAGUUUUGUCACAAGACGUUCUCCCGACCGUCGUCAUUGAGGAUCCACACGUACUCUCACACUGGUGAGCGACCCUACGUGUGCAAGGAACCGACUUGUCGACGACGGUUCUCUGUGCAGUCGAACCUGAAGCGGCACGCCAAGGUUCAUCAAAUCCAGGCGCAGCAGGCGCAGGCUUCGCAGAUGGCGCAUCAGGCGCAUCAGCGAAGUGUGCCGCCACCACAUCCGGGACAUAUGGGUGGACCGAUGGGCCACCCGCCACCGCCCCCGGUGUACAAUUACGCUGGGCGCCCGCCUCACCCUGGACCUCACAUGGGCCACCCGCCGAUGGGCGGUCCUCCCAACGGACCGGGCUAUCAUGGUCCACCGCCGCCGUUCAUGAACCACCCCUACGACAUGCCGCCUCACCGCGGGGGACCCGGCGGACCUGCUCAUGGUCCACCUCCGCAUGACGUAGGACCGAUGCACUACCGACCUGGCCCACCGGGACCCCCUGGGCCAGGCGGACCAGCGCCUGGCGGCAACGCUAGCGCUGGCGGUCGACGACCGGAUCGGAACGGGUUCGGACCCGGGCGUGGCGGUUCAGGGCCCGGAGGCGAAUGGGUGACGGACGAGGAGGACGAGCUCGACGACGAUGUGCACUGCAAGAGGGAGCCAGCUUAG